GGGAAUGAAGUCAGUCACAGGCUUCCAGUGGCACAGAGCUUACCCAGCACUUUCUUGUGUGUACUCCUCAGGGUUAGUGUGUGAGCAAGGCUCUAAAAGAGGGAGUCUCUUCCUAAGUGAGUAGCCGAAUAAGUAGUGUAACUGAGAAAAGAGACCAGGAGUAGGUUAGGCAUGGGAACCUUGGUGCUCAUAGAAGUGGGGGUGGGGGUGGGGGGGGUGUCAAGCACAAGUAAAACAAGUGCCUAUGAGAAAAGUGGGUUGUGAGUCUAAAGGAGAAUUUGUGACCAAGGUGUAAGAGAUGUAAAUUCCAGAUUGGGUAGGCACAAUAUGGAACAAAGCUAAAAUGUGUCUUUCAUCAGGGAUGAAAGCAAGGACCCCAGAGACUUGGGGCGAGGGGACCAGAAUGUAGUAGAAGCUCCAUGUUCAAGCCCAUCAAGUGAAUGUGGGAGGGAUGGGGCCCUGGUCCUUUUGCCCUUGGCCUUCACCAGGUCUCUAAUGACCAUGGAAGCUGGCAUCUUUUUCUUUUAUUCUGAGUUUGUUUGUUUGUUGGCUUUAGAAUCCUGAGCAGAAUAGCUUGUGAGGUAUCCCCCCCACGCCCCCCCCCCCCGCCCCAGCUGCACAAUGAACUGAGGACCCAUUCUCUAAGAACAACUUUGUGAUGUGCAAAAGUUGGGGUAGGUGUGUAGAGAUCUUGGAGAUUGAGCCUGAGACCUGAAAGCUUAUGGCAGGCUGCGGAGCCUCCUGAUGGACGGAGUGGGAUAGAGCGAGUACGGACAGCCGUGGACAAGGGAAUCCGCAAAAAGUUGUGGACUAUGUGAGUGAGAACGCCCCUGAAUGCAAAGCGUGUGACAGUGAAGGAGAGGGGGUGGGGUUGGGAGGGUGUGCCAGCGUCUGGACCCAGGAUUCGGUGUUUGGGUGCCUCCAGCAGCGGCAGCGAGGGUGUUGGCUUGCCUGCGGCUGGCUGGGGACCUCGGUGCGAGCGCGCGCGUGUGCGCAGGGCGGAGGCCCGGGGGGCUCCUCCGCGGGUGGUUGGGAGCGCAGGGUCUGUGAGCGCUGGCUCGCUGGCACGAGCGGCGCGCACAGCCCAGGCGGCGGGCAGCCUGGGUUAUCUGAGCAGCUCCGUCUUGGGUGGCUGCGCCCAGAUCUCUGAGCGGCAGCAGCGAAGGCGAAACGCGCUGACAGACAGACUUGGGAAGAAGAGGGAAGCCAGACCCGGGCCCUGGUGGCUGCGGCGGGGAGCGGAGCAUGGAACAGAGUCAGGCAGGUAAGAGCCCGGGGAACGCGUCCCUGGCACUGGGAAGAGCGAGGGUGGGGAGGAAUGGGGGUGGCUGAGACUAGCAAGGUUUCCGCUCCUUUCCCGGCUUGACCGAGCCGGCGACAGUAAGGGCCGGGGACAGAGGUUCUCUGGACUUUUCCCCACCCCAUGGCCCUCUUGAGCCUUCCUUCCUGAUGCCCUCCAAAUCUUCUAAUGAAAACUUUCCACCUAGAAAAUUCCUGAAGUUGAGUUUGCGUGGCGACACGGCGGCGGCGGCCGCGCUGCUCCCGCUCCUCUGCCUCCCCAUGGAUAUGCACUGCAAAGCCGACCCCUUCUCCGCGAUGCACCCAGGGCACGGGGGUGUGAACCAGCUCGGGGGGGUGUUUGUGAACGGCCGGCCCCUCCCCGACGUGGUGAGGCAGCGCAUCGUGGAGUUGGCCCACCAGGGCGUGCGGCCCUGUGACAUCUCCCGGCAGCUGCGGGUCAGCCACGGCUGUGUCAGCAAAAUCCUGGGCAGGUACUAUGAAACUGGCAGCAUCAAGCCUGGUGUGAUUGGUGGCUCCAAGCCCAAGGUGGCAACGCCCAAAGUGGUGGACAAGAUUGCUGAAUACAAACGACAGAACCCAACUAUGUUCGCCUGGGAGAUCCGUGACCGGCUCCUGGCUGAAGGCAUCUGUGACAAUGAUACUGUGCCCAGCGUCUCUUCCAUCAACAGGAUCAUCCGGACCAAAGUUCAGCAGCCUUUCCACCCAACACCGGAUGGGGCAGGGACUGGAGUGACUGCCCCUGGCCACACCAUCGUUCCCAGCACUGCCUCCCCUCCUGUUUCCAGCGCCUCCAAUGACCCGGUGGGAUCCUACUCCAUCAAUGGGAUCCUAGGGAUACCUCGCUCCAAUGGUGAGAAGAGGAAACGUGAUGAAGAUGUUUCUGAGGGCUCAGUCCCCAACGGAGACUCUCAGAGUGGUGUGGACAGUUUGCGGAAGCACCUGCGAGCUGACACCUUCACCCAGCAGCAGCUGGAAGCUUUGGAUAGAGUCUUUGAGCGUCCUUCCUACCCUGACGUCUUCCAGGCAUCGGAACACAUCAAAUCAGAACAGGGGAAUGAGUACUCCCUCCCAGCCCUGACCCCUGGGCUUGAUGAAGUCAAGUCGAGUCUAUCUGCAUCUACCAACCCUGAGCUGGGCAGCAAUGUGUCAGGCACACAGACAUACCCCGUCGUGACCGGUCGUGACAUGGCGAGCACCACCCUGCCUGGUUACCCCCCUCAUGUACCCCCCACUGGCCAGGGAAGCUACCCCACCUCCACCCUGGCAGGAAUGGUGCCUGGGAGCGAAUUCUCUGGCAACCCGUACAGCCACCCCCAGUACACCGCCUACAACGAGGCUUGGAGAUUCAGCAACCCCGCCUUACUAAUGCCGCCCCCCGGGGCUCCGCCCCUGCCGCUGCUGCCGCUGCCUAUGACCGCCACUAGUUACCGCGGGGACCACAUCAAGCUUCAGGCCGACAGCUUCGGCCUCCACAUCGUCCCUGUCUGACCGCCCACCCCGGAGGGAGGGAGGACCAACGCGACGCGAUGCCUCUCGGCCACCGUCCCAGCCCCACCCCAUCCCAAGAACCAGCCCCCCCGCCCCCGCAGCCCUUCUCGCCACCCAGUCGAAGGCCGGACCGGACGGGUAGAGCCGCGGGAGGGGUCCUCGGGCCCGGGCGCACCGCCCCCCAGCCCCGCCCGCCGACCCUCCGCGCCCGCCUGGGACCGCGCGGCGUCGUCGCCCGGUGUGUCCCCGCCAAAACUCUCCUGGGCCUCGCCGAAGCCGCCCGGCAGCGGGCCCGCCACUCCCCACGGGACGCCGGCCCGGCCGCCACCUUGAGGACGAGAUCCAUUUCUGUGACACACAAUCAAUGCCGACUGCAGCGCGGCCCAGCGCCCCAAGCAGCACCCCGGGGCGCUCCGGCUCCAGGAGGCUUUCGUGGGGGGGGGGCGGGGCGGGGAGCGCGCUGGGCAAAGGAAAUGAGGGGCCAAACGACUUUCUGCAGAAGGAAGAAGAGCCACCUGUCAGGGUGCGGGAGGGGA